AUGAACAUACUAGCCAUUUAUGCAAUUGCCGCGGGCGGCUUUUGUAUAGCUCUCUUUCUGAUUCAGACUCGCUCUAUCCUCAUCAACUGCACGGAAUCCUUUUCGGUCCUACUAUAUCGGCACCUUAUUCUCCCUGUUGUCAUAAGUCGACACCGAGUCUGCGGUCCAUGGACCCGAGCCGGAGUACUCGUCCACAUCUCAUAUAUCGCCAUCAACAUAGCUCUCGUAUUUUUUCGGACUGAUUCACUUGUGGACGCCGGCCGCCGGGCAGGCGAGCUGGCUCUGAUAAACACUAUCUUCCCUCUUUCAGGUGCUCAUCUCAGCUACAUAGCUGAACUACUUGGGAUUACCUGGCGCACCUGUUGCAAAAUCCAUCGUGCAACAGGCUGGAUGACUGUAAUCCUACUGUCAUUCCACGUUAUUGCCGAGGCACAAAGCAAGAAUUUCAGUUUUUCCUUGGUUGAAAGUCGAAACCUGCUCACCAUGAUUGGUGCUAUCUCAAUAGGUGUACUUGCUCUGUUAUCUUUUCCAUAUUUUCGUGGGUGGUCUUACGAAUUCUUCCUAAGAGGCCACCAAUUACUCUCUGUUACAUUUGUAUACGGUACCUGGCGGCAUCUUUCGAAGCAUGGAGGGUCAGCAAAACUGUAUAUCUAUAUCGCCGUUGGCAUUUUGGGGCUGACUACAUGUUUGGAGUUCGUGAUGCUUUUGUAUCGAAACGGGCUAUUUUCAGGAAGCGGUGCCCCUCGAGCUCUUGUAUCAUUCACAGUCAGUGAAUCCGAAACAGGACGUGCCGAUGUGACGGCUGCGCAAAUCCAACUUAUCCUGCCCCGACCAAUACAAGUAGAACCAGGCCAAUACAUCAACCUUUGGAUCCCCUCAGUUAGUAUAGGGUCUUGGAUGCAGACACAUCCUUUUACAGUCACAUCUUGGUCGAGGCGGAGACAAGAUACCCUGAAGCUUCUGGUGCAGCCCCGCCAUGGCUUUUCUGGGAAUUUGGUCCGCCACGGCAGCUUAGGCGUGAAGACCUCUAUAUCAUUCCUGGCCUUGUUUACUGGACCCCAUGGGAUCACCGAGAAUACAGAUCACUACGAAACGGUCUUACUAGUCACGAGUGGUUUUGGAAUUGCGGCAUCGAUCCCCUAUCUCAAGAAAAUGAUCCACGGGUAUAAUACAUGCAUCUCCCAUGUUCGCCGAUUGCACUUGGUCUGGCAGAUUGAGACUAUUGAAACGGUGAUGGCAGCCGAGGAGUUACUCAAUGAUCUCCUUGAUGAUGACGUCAUCGACAAGGGCUAUAUACUCAGUAUAUCCAUCUAUGUGGAGCAUGGCCUUGCAAAAAACAAAACGCUUCUUGGAAAACAUGAGAGAUUAUGCUAUUAUCAGGGAGUACCGGACUAUCGCAGCAUCGUGUCCACCGAGGCUUCUGGAAGUCAGAUAGAGAGGCUAGCGAAUAUCCCGGACGAGCCAGGCCGGGCACUAGUAAUGGUUUCCGCGAAUAACAACGUCAGAGAUCACAUACGGCAGGUCGUCAAAGGCUACUUGCAUCAGGGUGUUCAGUUUUCAGAGCUAGAGUACCAGCCUGACUAA